AUGGCUGCGCUCAGAGUGUUUAGUCGUAAUAUACCGUAUUUGCGACAACAAUUUUCCGCAUUAUUAGGGAACACAUCACCGUCAGUUAAAUUUAUUUGUGUCGUUGUAAUCAUAGGGUAUAUAUUAUCUUAUUCAGAUACUGUUGUUAAUGUUCUUAGUGUUACACCAGGGUUUUUGUUGCCUCCUUCUUUUCAAUUGUGGUCUACUUUCACGUUCUGGUUUCUGGAGAUACAUCUGUGGGAAGUGAUAAUCGACAUUGUGACGGUUGGUUUGUGUGGAAAACUAAUUGAGCCACUAUGGGGGCAAAUGGAAAUGAUGAAGUUCUUUUUUCUGAUUAAUGUUGGUGUUGCGUUUUUGACAACUUUUUACUAUUUAGUGAUUUAUGCUUGGACACAAGAUACUUCCCUGUUAUUCGAUAUCCACGUUCACGGACUUGCUGGAUACCUUGCAGCUGUAAGCGUAGCUGUGAAGCAAAUAAUGCCUGACCACUUAUUGAUAAAAACACCUCUGGGAAAAUUAACAAAUCGGUCCUUACCACUUCUGAUUCUGGUGGCUGCUAUAAUUUUAUGGGCUGUUGGAGCAUUAGAAGGCACAUAUCCCUGCAUGUGGGGAAGUGGUACUAUUCUAUCAUGGAUAUACCUCAGGUUUUGGCAGCGACAUAGCAGUGGCACAAGAGGAGAUAUGGCUGACAACUUUAGUUUUGAUAACUUUUUCCCGACGGUAAUUCAGCCGUUGGUGCGGGGCGCGCUGUCGCCGGCGUCGCGCUGCCUGGCGCGGCUGGGCGUGUGCACGCCGGCGCCGCGCCGCGUCACGCUCGCGCUCAGCCCGCGCGGCGUCACCAUCUCGCUGCCCGGCGUCGAGCCGCAUGACAUGGAGAGGAGGCGGCAAAUCGCGCUCAAGGCUUUGAGCGAAAGAUUAUCAAAGACGUCGGAACAAACGCGACAGAAGAAUCUAACCACCAAAGUGAACAUGGAUACCGUGAGGAAAAUGCAAGCCUCUCACGUCAUUCCUCAAUUCUCCACGGUGGAGGUACCCGAGGCCUCCAGCUCAAAACCUCAGUCAGUGCCGGAGACCACGCUCGUAGACAUAAGCACAGAGCCUUCAGCACCUACAACAAAGACCUCAUGA